AUGGGUUGCUGUCUCAGCUCCAACAACAACAAAAGAGGGUCAAGUAGCCCAGAACCACUAAGUCACCGCCAUUCUCCACCGCAACCCCGCAAACCCCAUGUCUCCACCGCAAGUGCCUCACCGCCACCUGAAGAAGAGACAGUCAAAGAAGUCCUUUCUGAAACCCCCAUUAUCCUCGAACCACAAAUGACAACAACACAAAACCAAGAACCAAAAACCCUGAUGCAAAGAAACAGCAAGAAACACCAAGAAGACCAAGAAAUCUCUCAAGCAUCAGAGACAUGCAGCACUAUCACUGCCACUCUAACACCAACAACCAGCACCACCAGCACCACUGCCACCACCACUACCACUACAAUAACAGAGAUAAGAGAAGAUGAGGUGACAAGCAUGAAAAGGGUCAACAGAUCUGUGGCCAAAGUACAUCGAAAGCGUCCGUACACUGGAGACAGAGAAAGGGUGUUAAAGUAUCCGGCGAAGACGACCGGUCAGGUGAUUAGGACCGCAGCUGGGCAGCGUAAUGCGGGGUCUAGAGGGGUCAGGAAUGAUUUUGGUAGGUCAACGGCGACUAGGACGGCAGGUGGAGCUGGGAGUGGUCGUGCGGGAGCGAGUCCUGGAAAAGCCGGUGACAGGUCAGUGGAGAGGAAGAAUAAGGAGGAUUCGGAAAACGGCUCCGUGUUUAGGCAGCAGGAGGGGAACGAGUCUCUGGAGAACCCUCUGGUUUCCCUGGAAUGCUUUAUCUUUCUCUAG